GUCUGUUGGUCUCUCGAGAGCCGAAGCGCUAAAAACUUGUCGAGCGUCGAGCAACACGAAAGUUAGUCAUAAUAGAAUGAGGUCCAACUUGAUACGGUCGUAUUCAGUGUGAAAUGACUCUUUGCUGUGACAAAAUCAACUCAAAAUCCGUGUGUCUUCAUUUUAACACUUGAUCAGUACUUUCAAAUUGCUGAAUAACGCGAAAAGUGAGUGAAUUGCAGAGGACUUUUCAGCAUUUUUCCCGUGAUUUUGUCCGCCCAGUGCUUCUUCUCGUGGACAACCAACGAAAGUGCCACUCCGCAAAGUGUUUUUUUUUCCUUCAUUCUUUCUGCCUCUUCUCAAUCGUCCGAUAACUUGAUUCAUAUACAGAGAGAGGUUUUUUUUCUACAACGUGCCUUCUCUUCUUUUUCAACUGCGAUCGUGUGUGUUAGAGUGAGAAAUAAGAUUAAAUAGACAGAGAAAAAGACACAUCUCGCAAUGGCGCACGGUCUAUCUCCGCUUAUAAAACGUGAAAUUGAGUGCAAACCCUCAACGGUGCCAUCAUCAGGAUCAACAGGAUCAAAUUCACCGGUUGCCGCCAAGAGUGUUACAUUGAGUGGUUCAACAAAGAUGGGAUCUCGGCGAAUCUUCACGCCACAGUUCAAACUGCAAGUGCUCGAUUCAUAUCGUAAAGAUCACGAUUGCAAGGGCAACCAGAGAGCUACAGCACGAAAGUAUGGUAUCCAUCGGAGGCAGAUCCAGAAGUGGCUACAGUGUGAGUCGAAUCUCAGAUCGAGUGUUAUGCAGGGGGGCGCUGGUGGCGCCAGAGGUGCCAGCGCCACAGCGGUGAUUCGUGACUAUGCUGAAGCAAGUGUGGUGCCGUCCUUGGAUAUCGGUAGACACAGCGUCGUCACUCUCGGUUUCUCCAACUCCACCACUGCUCCGUACACCGCAAAUCCGGACACACAUCACGAUUCAUCAUCAUCCAGUGUGUCCAAUUCUCCAGUACCCAAUAUUGCACCAGUGACACCCCCAGUUAUGUAUCCACAACACCCUAUGCCCUACAACAUGCCACCGACGUCAAAUUUCUCGUCCUACCAUCAUGAGAUCCGUCACGAAGGACCCAUAGAUCUAUCGUUGGCUCAUAGGGUACGCAAUGAACCAUUAGAUGCCCGAGUUCCAGCCGUAAAAUGUGAAUGGCGUCAGGAAGAGAUCAUCCCAAUGACUCCAUCCAGUGUAUCCAGUCCACCACCAGUUGACCUAUCCUGUCGUAACAAAAGGAAACUCUCCACGUCCUGUUCAUCCGUUGCAUCCUCAUCUUCCUCAACAUCAUCCUCCCCAUCACCCAACGCCGUAACACCGCCAAAAGUUGUAAAACUCUUCAAGCCAUACCUCGACAGUGAUGGUGAAGAUGAGGCGUCAAGUGCCUAUGAUGAUGUGGGUGACUUUAAAAAAAGUCCCACAGUUACAAAUGAUCCAAUCAUCUGGAGUAAUCAUCCUUGCUCAUCACCGUUGCUCUAUGAGAACAACAAUGUUUACGCCUACGAUUACAACUUCUACCCGAGCCCACCGUAUCAUAACAUGGCGGCUGCAUGCGCAGCACCGCCAACAUACGGUGACUAUAUAUUCAGCAGUUGGUCACCUGUCGACGGGGCCUACAGUUCGGGAUCGGAGUCUGGGGAAUGGCCAGCACAUCAUAUAAAUGCCCAACCCUACAGUGUUGACUUCAAACUAAAGGCCAUCGAAACCUACUACCACGACGUAUCAUGUCGUGCGGACCAAUGUGCCGUUCCACCUAAAUUUGGCGUACCUCAACGUCAAGUGGACAAAUGGCUUCAGCAGGAGGACGAUCUCAGGCAGUGAUUUGCCGUCGGCAUCCACCUGCACAGCCCAUAGAGUCUCCAUCAUUAUACAAGUACACAAGUAAGACAAACCUAUAAUAUUAGGCAGCAACAAUCCCAACCCCAAAAUAUGCUCUCCUCUUCCAUUACAAAUUUAAUUAUGAUAAUACUAUCAAUAGUAGGAAUUAUUUAAUGAAAAUAGCUUUAAUCUUGUAGAACUUUACUCAAACGUCUUGUCUAAAGCAGAGGUGUGCCAAGAACCGUUAAAAACCGAAUAAACGUCAAAAUAAGUUCUUCUUCUUCUUCUUCUUCUAUUUUAUGUAAGGCUGUCGGAAUCACUCGGGUCCAUAUAGCCAAGACAAAAUAAGUUCGUUCUGGUAGCGUUUUGACCAUUGACGUACAUGUUUCAUUUGACAUUUAUUCGGUUUCAACAGUUCUUGCAUGCCUCUGGUCUAAAGGAAUAACUAGAUUUGAAAAUCAGGUUAGAUUAAAAAAAAAAACAAAAACUUGUCAAUAACCUCAAGAUAAUCUACUGGGAAAAAUGUGAUAUUUUCCUCAAAAGUGCAUAUACCCAAUGUAUAAUUUCAAUAAGUCAAUCAAUGGCCUGAUCAAUCAAUUUUUCUCAAUUACACUUUCUAUAUUUUCGCAAUUUUAUUGAAAUUUAUUAGGGUGAAAAAUUUAUAAGUGACGCAAUUUGAGAUAAAGGUUUUAUAUCAGAUGGUCAAAAAAUGAGGAAUUUCCCAAGAAAAUUCAAUUCACAAUGGGAGUGGUUGAAAAGAAGAAAAAAAAAAGACUGAUAAUCCAUAUUGAUUUCUCUGAAGACUGAUUUCAGCAGGUCAAUCUCUGGUUGUAAAUCAUUCUUUGAAAAAAUUUACAAGAGCAUCUUGAUAAUUCAUUCUCAAAGGGGACAAUUAUUUUAUAGUGUUGAGAUCACACGCAAUUCGGAUUCACUCUAAUAAGACAUGAAUCUCCGGAAAUUCCUGAGAAUCUCAACAGAUUGCGCAAUUUGCUGAGGAAAUCUCUGAAAUUUCUGAUGACAAAUCUUGUGAAUCUCACAAAUUAUAGUCAUUUGUUGCUUUUGUCUGAUUGAUUGAAAUCUUGUUUUUUUAGAAAGUUGCAAUGUACACCUUUUAGAUCAGGAAAAUUUCAUGAAAUUGAAAUUGGAAUCCCUGUCUUUCUCAUACGUUUUACAUAUGUCUAUCUCACUCUUUUGCACUCUUCUUCUUAUUUUAAACAUCAAACCAAAUUCAAUUUAGCUCAAUUGGAUUUGAAGUGCGAAGAAUUAGAUAGACAUAGUGUAAAACAUGAGAAAAAAAGUGAUGUGAAUUUCAUAGUCAAAAUUCACAUUCUUUUCUUUCUUAAAAGUUUUGCAUAUAUGUCCAUCCUACUCUUUCGCACUCUUCUUCUUUUUUUGAACGUCACAACAAAUUCAAUUUAGUUCAAAGAGUACGGAGAAUAAGAUAAACAUAUAGUGAAAAACGUGUGGAAAAAAAGUGACGUGAAUUUCAUAGUCAAAAUUCACAUCUUUGUCUUUCUUAAAAGUUUAGUAUAUGUCUAUCUCACUCUUUUGCACUCUUCUUCUUAUUUUAAACAUCUAAACUAAUUGAAUUUAGCUCAAUUGGAUUAGAAGUGCGAAGAAUGAGACAGACAUAAUAUAAUACGUAUGAGAAAGAAAGUGACAUGAAUUUUACAGAGUCAAAAUUCACAUCCUUUUCUUUCUUAAAAGCUUUGCAUAUGUCUAUACCAUUCUUUCGCACUCUUCUUCUUUUCUUGAACGUCACAUCAAAUUAAAUUUAGUUCAAUAAAAUUUUGAGGCCGAAAGAAUGGGAUAGACUUAGGGUAAGUGUGCCACAUUUCGGCAUAGUUGCAUAUAAGCACCGAAGUCCUAAGUUUGAAAUGCAAUAUUUUUAAUUCAUAGUGAUAUUUCUUGUUACUUCCUUUUCGGGAAGGUUGUGUGGAACCUUAAAAACUAGUUUAUCAUCUUUGUUUUCUUUAAAUCACUUCCUAAAAUAUUGAAAAAUUAAUAAAAAUAUGGACAUUGCUUUGGGUAGUAUUCCGGCCACUUUGAGUGAAAUACCGGCCACCUUUUUUCUGACCACCUUUUGUGACGCAACGGACAGAAAAUUUCAAAACGUCAAGCGGAACGAGUUUAAUAUUUAAUUUAAUACGUUUAUAUGACCCACAAGCCCUGGGAUCUUCCGUGUAAUUUGUCCUGAAAACCUGAAGAGUAGCAUCUCAAAUUUACACGCAGAUUCCCGUAGCAAUUUGCUCUUGCUGAACUCUUCCAAGGCCCCUUCCACAUCAUCUAUUUUAUAGAAGCGAGGUUUUUUUUUCUCUGGACAUUGUAGAACUCAGAAAUUGAAAAAAACACAAAAUGAAUAAGAAAUUUAGGAAAGCAAAAAAUGUUGCCGGAAUAGGCAACACUGCCUCACCGGACGCCCACAAAGUAUAUACUUUUUUACGCGAAAUACAGGAUCCAGUUGAGAAAUUUCACCCGAAAUUUAAAGAUUGAUUCAUUAUUAACAUAAACAGAAACAAUCUUUAAUGAAAAGUAAUCAAUUUUCAUGAAAAACACCGAAGGAAAACCUCUUGUACUUCACCACAAAUCGUAAGACUGCUAGAAACACAAUCGAUCUGUCACAUUUUUUGUAAGACUCUUUCCCCACUGAGUUUUUACAACGCAAUUUAAAUUCAAAUUAUAACUAAAAUUUAACGGUCUUUAUGUUAAUACAUUCUAAAAUGAAUACAGUAGACUCUCUCAAAUUCGGGCAUAUGGGAACGAAAUGUCAGCCGAAUUAGACAGAAAUUCGGGAGACAAACUUUUUGGAAUGCAACGAUUUUUUAUUCAUGUGCAUAUAGAUAUUGAGUUUACACACUCAUAUAUAACGUAAAUUGCAUGGAAAUCCCUCAAUAAUGCAAAAUCACAUCAAAACUAAGACAAAUCAUGCCAAAUUUGAGCAUAUUUGAUUCAUUUGAUAAUCAUAAUCAAACUUGAAAAAUGACAACAAACUUUUUUCAAAUGUAACCGCUGCCCGAAUUAAAAAGUAGCCCGAUCUUAAAAGAGCCGCAUUUGCGAGUCUACUGUAAAUAUUUAAAAGCGAAAUGAAUUCUUUGACUAUUCGGAGAUAAUAUACGUAAUUUUAAUUAAUUUAUUUCCAUGGCCGAAAUUACACUCAAAGUGGCCGAAAUUAGAAGCCGGCCGAAAUUUGGCACACUUCCCUUAUGUAAAUCUUUUGAGAAAGAAAGGAACGCGAAUUUUGACUUCAUGAAAUUAUAGCGACCUAAAAGGUAUGGCGAAGGCAUAAAAAUUAAAAUUUUCAUAGGGAUUUUCUAGAUUUUUGCUAGAUUUUUUUUUCUCAGUCAAAACAACACGAUUAAGGAUCAACUAGGGAAAUUGUGGUUUCUCCAGAAACCUGACCAAUUUUCCCACAUACCGUGAAGCUCCCUGGGAACUUGGGUUAAAAAUCCUUCAGUUAAAAUGAGAGAAAAUCUUUGAGGAGAAAUACACCCUUCUGAGAAACCCUCACCUGACAAAAAUCUCUAGAAAAUCUCACCCUCUUUCUCACUCCAAAAGUGCAAUAAGUAACACUCUCGAGGGGGUCAGAAGGUAAGACCCCGGACGAUGAAAGAGGCGUUGACGAAAAUUAUGUAAAUUCUGCAAGUUGAGGCACAUUGCACGGAGAAGUUUGAGCCAGAAAUGUGCGUGCCUGUGACAAAGAACAAUUUUUUUUCUUUCGAAGGUAACACAGGUGUCUCUUGAGGGAGAGAGAGAGAAUUGAGAGUCUAUAAAGUGUAUUUAGAAUUCUCAUGCUGCCUCGUGAAACUUGUCCUCAAGAUACUUUUUGCUGGUUUUCAAAACAGGUACCAAGACAAUUUUUCAAUUUUAUUUCCCGUCCAUUUUUGGCAGGACUGAACAUACUCUGGUGAGCAACAAGUGCUCCCAGGUGUUCAUUGGAUUUCAUCAUGAGUUCUGUGUUAAUUUUUUAUAUUUCUUAUCCCUCCCAUCUGACAAUUAUUUGCAUAAAAAUUUAUUAAAUGAAUUUUCUUGGAAGAUUUCUAUGAGAGGGUUGGGGGGGGGGGGGCUUUAUUGGAUGAGCUUGUACAUAUACAGGACAAUUAAAAAUAAUUAUAUACUGUAAAUUGGAGAAACAAAAGAUAAUAUGUGCCUUUCACUGUAAAUUCAAGUGCCAAUAAUUUUACAAGAUAUUUAAGAUAUUUUUUUCUUGUUUUUAAGAAUUAUUAUUGUAAUAUUUGAUAUUUUAAGAAAGAAAAAUAUUAUUUUAGGGUUUCCAGACAAAAUUGUACAAUUCUAUCCAAUGUUAAAUGUACAACUAUUUUUUAGAGAAAAUAUUGUAAUGUUCAAGAAUAUUUUAUGAGCAUAGUAUUUAUGUAAAUAAAUGAAAAAAACAUUAAAUCA